CUAGCCGUGGUACGUCCCCCACUUGAGGCUGCGGUGCAGGUCGGCGGACACCCGGGACCCCAAGAACUCGUCCUUGGCCUCCUGGUGGUCGGCAGGCGUCAGGGGGGGCCUCGGAUAUCUCCACUGGUCGAGGAUCCACAGCAUGCCUUCCUCCUCCAUGAGGACAUCGACCAGCUUCUCGACCCGCAUGACGUUGGCCAUGGCCUGGCCCAUGCCAUACAGGGCGCUCGUCUCGUCCAGCCACACGCCCUUCUCUGUCUCGCUGCUGUCAGCAGCGUCCUCGCCCCCGAAACGAUACCCUUCUGACGCAGGUCCUCCUCCACGCUGUUGGCGGCGUUGCGGAUGUUGACAUACUUCCGCCGCCGCCAGCGGCCGUCUUCGUCGAGCAGCUGCAU